AUGGAUCCAUUAGAGAGGAAGAAUGCUAUGAUCAAGGAUCCCACCGCAGAUGUCUUCUAUGAACAGCAAACAAUCCCUGAUGAGGUGUUUGAAGUGUAUAUGAGCUCGCAAGCUCAGGCUCGAGCAACACAAAGAUCCCCCGUCCCCCCUGAUGUCGACUCGGACCGGUCCACGAGCCGAAAGCGACAAUUGGACGAUGUUGGCAGCGGCACAGGUACCCCGAAACGUGUGAGGGUGGCAGAUAGCCUUCGACAGAGUAUCGAGCCAAAGUCCCAAAUAAGUGAUGUAUUGAGAGAACUUCUGGGCAACCAUGUCACCUUGAAUGGAGGCACCGCCGAGGUACCUAUCGAGCGCCUCGAGUUUCUCGCUGCAAAGAUUACGGACCUCGAGUACAGAUUGAAGCAGAAGAUAAGCGUUGAAGAGGCGAUUCGUGAAGAACUUAAGAGCCUUUCAACUCAGCUCCAUGGCUAUCAACGGACAAUCAAGAAGGUGCAGCCCAAAUACAUGGAAGCUCUUCGUGAUCGCGGCAUCUUCGAGGUUCAGCGUGACACCGCCGUAGCAGACGCAAAUCACAUGAAGACGCAGGUGGAGAACAGCAAGGCGACUGUUGCGAAACUCAAAGAGGAGAAGAAGGAACUGGAGACAAAGUUGGCCGAGGCUACAGCGGCACUCGCGAAUUCAAGCGUGCCUGAAAUCGCCAGACUCGCACGAGCUGAAGACGAGUUGAAAGCAGAGCAGAAGAAAGUCCAGUCUCUAGAAAAGAAACUGGCAAGCCUACAGAGAGACACGGAUUAUGUGCGCGAAGCAUAUCAAGAGGCUUCGAAUAAAGGGGCAGACCUGGGUAAUGAAAACUCGCAGUUAUCUUCUAGGGUCAAAGAGCUUGAGCAACAGGCGUCUGAGAACCUGAUCAAGAUCCAUCAAAUUAAUGCCCAGGUGGAGAGCUCAGGCUUCCGCCAGUUGUGGGAGGAUGAGCAGGCGAUCCGCCGUCACAGGGAGGCAGAACUCGAGCGCAUACGGGAAGAGCUGCGAGUAUUGAGGAACGGCCGCCGGGAGACUCGCCAGGCUAGCGUCCCCAGAAGCCCUCGGCUGGGUAUGAUGAGCCCGAGGAACGGUCGUGGCGCCGGACCUGGAAGCCGGGGCACGAGCCCGGCGCCGGCGGGCAAUUUUGAUCCUGUCGGCCCGAUGCCAGGCAUGACCUACUUCAACCAACCAGCUGGUAACGGUCGAUUUAGUCAUCUGAGAGAGUGA